GCCACAUCUGAUGGUGAGGUAGGCUCGACCGAGCGGAAGCGAAUGCAGUUGCCUCCAGAGCCAAGUGUUCAGAGUCAGUCCGCCAUCGAAAGUGUACCACGGUCCUCGUGUUUCCUCUUCAGCGCACAAAUUCAGGAAUACUGCCAGCCUCGGAUCGCCUGUCCGUACACCAAGAUUGUGGAUGUUCCUCUUGACCACCGGUUCUCGUAAACACCUUUUUGGGUUCCUGACACUCGUACUCGCACUCAUCCUAUACGCUCCUCUCCACGAGCGUCUAAACCACCCCCGCCACACCAUGUCAAGCCAGAGAUGGGUCUUCAAAGCGCAACACGGCUUCUUUACCCACGACUCAGACCCAGAAAGCUGGGCCUUUCGUGCUACAACUCUUCCUCUUCUCGGUAUCAAAUCACGACAGUACGCCACAGACAUGGUCUUCGAUCCGAACGGAGAAAAGACGCAAUGGCAGCGCCUCGAGCACUACGUCCGCACGAUGAAUAGCGCCAACCCCGCGCACCAGCGCUGGCGAAUCAUCUACCUCAUCCGCCACGGGCAAGGUGUGCACAACGUCAAGGAGAGAGAAGUCGGGCGGGAAGAGUGGGAGAGGCACUGGUCCAAGAUCAGCGGUGAUGAAAGCGCGGUCUGGGAAGACGCUGAGUUGACGGCCGAGGGAGAGCAGCAGGCCGAGGGGAUCGCGGCGUUUUUCAGGACGGGCCAAGUCUCGCUGCCAGAUGUCAUUUUCAGCAGUCCGCUGAGGCGCUGCUUGCGAACGACGGAGAUUGCCUAUGGGGAUGUCUUGGGAGAGAGGAGACCUGUCGUCAAGGAGAAGUUGCGCGAGCGGCUGGGCGUGCAUACGUGUGACAGGCGGAGCGCGAGGUCGUAUAUUGCGUCUGCACAUCCGGUUUUCGAGAUUGAGGAGGGCUUCACGGAAGAGGACGAGCUGUGGAAGGCGGAUAUCAGAGAGUCAUUGGACCAACACAUUGUACGGGCCACACAACUAUUGGAAGACCUCUUCGAACGCGGGGGACAAGUGGCUAUCAUGAGCCUGACGGCUCACUCGGGUGCGAUCAUGGCGUUGUUCGGAGCGACGGGGUGGAAGAAGGUUCCUGUAGCCGCAGGGGCCGUGUACCCUUUGUUGGUGGUUGCAGAGAAGGAUUCCGUUGAAACGCCAUCGUAGGAAGUUCGUAGUAUUCGACGUCUUCCCUCGUUCCCUAGCCUCAGUACCAGACAAACAUUCGUUAGGUAUGACACCACUACUCCCAUUGCUGUUAUAGUGUGUUUCCCCGUCCACUACGGCGCAGACACAAUUUCUAGUCAAACCUGAGCAUUGUAAGAUAGCCAAUC